AUGAACGUGAUGCGUCGUCUUAAGAGCAUUGCUUCGGGUCGGACCUCCAUUUCUUCGGAUCCUGGUGGGGACUAUGGGCUCAAGAGAGCUAAGCUGGAUCAAGAGAACGAUAGCUCGUCUGGUGAUCCAAUGCAGGUUGACGAAAAUAGUACUUGUCUUGAGAUGAAACCAGACAUGGUUUCACAAGAAAGUGUUGCUGGAACCUCAAAUAUGCCUGUUGCACCUCUGGAUGAUCAGCUUCCUGAAGUAAUGAUUGAAAUGAGAAUCAGAGAUGAGCGAAAUGCCAACCGCGAGGAGAAGGAUAUGGAGACAACUAUUGUCAACGGCAGUGGGACCGAAACGGGACAAGUUAUUACAACAACAGUCGGGGGCCGGGAUGGAAAGCCAAAGCAGACAAUCUCAUACAUGGCCCAGAGAGUGGUUGGAACAGGCUCAUUUGGAGUAGUGUUCCAGGCCAAGUGCCUGGAAACGGGUGAACAAGUUGCAAUUAAGAAGGUUCUGCAGGAUAAAAGAUACAAGAACAGGGAACUUCAGAUAAUGCGCUUGCAAGACCAUCCCAAUGUUGUGCGACUGAGGCAUUCUUUCUUUUCAACAACUGACAAGGAUGAGCUGUAUCUCAACCUUGUCCUUGAGUAUGUUCCCGAAACUGUAUACAGAGCAUCAAAGCACUAUACCAAAAUGAAUCAACAUAUGCCAAUUAUCUUUGUUCAGCUCUACACGUAUCAGAUCUGCCGUGCUCUGAACUACUUACAUCGUGUGGUUGGGGUGUGUCAUCGUGACAUCAAACCACAAAAUCUACUGGUCAAUCCCCAAACCCAUCAACUAAAAAUAUGCGAUUUUGGAAGCGCAAAGAUGUUGGUGCCAGGUGAACCUAACAUAUCCUAUAUAUGCUCCCGGUACUACAGGGCGCCAGAACUUAUAUUUGGGGCUACAGAGUAUACCAAUGCCAUUGACAUGUGGUCUGGUGGUUGUGUUAUGGCAGAGCUUUUACUCGGCCAACCACUGUUUCCCGGGGAAAGUGGCAUUGAUCAGCUGGUGGAGAUUAUAAAGAUUCUUGGGACGCCUACAAGAGAAGAAAUACGGUGUAUGAAUCCCAAUUACACAGAGUUCAAGUUUCCUCAAAUCAAAGCUCACCCGUGGCACAAGAUUUUCCACAAGCGAAUGCCACCUGAAGCAGUAGACCUUGUCUCAAGACUCCUCCAGUAUUCACCAAACCUUCGUUGCACUGCAUUGGAAGCUUGUGCACAUCCCUUCUUCGAUGACUUAAGGGACCCGAAUCUCUCACUGCCAAAUGGAAGAGCACUGCCUCCAUUGUUUAACUUCACUGCUCAAGAACUUGCGGGUGCAUCAACAGAGCUGCGACAGCGUCUUAUGCCAACGCAUUGCCAGGGAACGGGAGGAAGUAGCUCAUAG